AUGGCCACUCAACAAGCACCUGCUGACAUCUCUGCCAUUCAGAUCAAACUCCCGGAAUUCUGGCCCAACGACCCUCAAGUCUGGUUCACCCAAGUGGAAGCACAGUUUGCACUACGGAACAUAUCAUCACAGACGACUCGAUUCAACUACGUCGUUGCCGCAUUAACCCCAUCCGUCGCCACAGAGGUUCGUGAUGUACUUCUUUCACCACCAGAUGAAAAACCGUACGACACGCUGAAAGAACAACUGAUCAGCCGGACAUCAGCGUCAGAACAACGACGUAUACAACAGCUGCUCACAUCGGAGGAGCUGGGCGACAGGAGGCCUACUCAACUUCUCCGUCGUCUGCAACAACUGCUCGGAGAAAAGGCCAGCACCAUUGAUGAGACUCUAUUGCGGGAGCUUUUCCUUCAGCGCCUCCCAGCCAGCGUUCGUAUGAUACUGGCGUCAGCGAAGAGCACAACGUUGUCGGACAUCGCCAACAUGGCCGACAACAUCAUGGACGUUGGCUCACCAGUCAUCGCUGCCGUCGGAUCCCAAUACGAACCCCCGGCCAUCACGGAACUCCGGAGGGACAUCAUAGACCUCAAAGACACGUUAGCCGCACGGGACAGCCACGCCAUCGAUGACCUCCGCGCCGAGAUGAACAAGCUGGUCAAGAUGGUGCAGUCGCUCGGCCCAACGCAGCGAGGCCGGAGCCGAUCAGCUUCACGCCGACCAGCGCCAGCCCGACGACGGUCUCCAGCACCGAGCAACAAUGGUAAUGCACUUUGCUGGUAUCACCAAACAUUCGGCGACAAUGCCAGACAGUGCCAGCCACCGUGUUCGAGAGCGGGAAAUGGGACGGCCAGCAGCUAA